AUGAGUCCUAAAAUACCAAAGACAAUGAAAGCUUUAGUGCUUGAGGAGUUCGGUAAACCUGUAUAAUUAAAAGAAAUCCCUGUCCCCAAACCCAGAUACAAUGAAGUUUUGAUUAAAAUAGAAUAUGCUCCUCUUAAUCCUAUGGAUCUUUCUUUUCUUAAAGGAAGUUAUUCUUCUGUCAAGAAACUUCCAGUUACUCCUGGGUUUGAAGGCUCUGGUACCGUUGUUGCUUCAGGAGGUGGUUUAUAUGGAUGGAGUUUGAUUGGUAAAAGAGUAGCUGUCUAUGUUCAAAGAAGUCCUCAUGGAUGCUACGCUGAGUAUGCAGUUACUAAUGCUUUCUAAUGUAUAACAGUCCCUGAGACAGUUUCAUUCGAAAAUGCUGCCUCUGGUUUGGUUAAUCCUCUUACUGUAGUUAUGAUGCAUAAAAAAACAUUGAAGAAAAAAGCCAAGGCUAUUAUUUCAAACCCUGGCGCAUCUGCUGUAGGUAGAAUGAUUUACAGAUAUUUUACUGCAAAUGGAAUUAAGGUCAUUAAUAUUGUUAGAAGAUAAGAAUAAGUAGAUCUGUUGAAAAAAGAAGAAAAUGCUGAAUAUGUCUUAAAUUCUUCUGAUCCUAACUUUUAAAAAGAUUUAAAUUAACUAUCUAAAAAAUUAGGAGCUACUGUAAGUUUCGAUGCAGUUGGAGGUUCUUUGUGUGCUGUUAUUUUAAAUAACAUGCCUGAUGGCUCAUCUACCUAUGUCUAUGGAAACUUAUCUAUGAAAAAUAGUGAAGCUUCAUAGAAUGAUUUAAUUUUUAAACAUAAAAAGAUAAAAGGUUUCUGGCUAGUUGACUGGAUGAAAAAGACUAGCGUCCUUGAAAAUUAUUUCCUCUCCAAAAAAUUAGGGUCUAUGUAUAAUAAUAUUAUGGCCACAAGCUUUGCAAGAAAAUACCCUCUUAACUAAAUUGAAGAAGCUUGUCGUUUUUACUUAAAAAAUAUGACUGAAGGAAAAAUCCUCUUAAGUCCCUCUGCUAUAGAAAUAUCAGAAAUAAAUGAUAAAAAAAUUAAUGAGUAAUGUGCCUAGUAGAUAUAGCCAAGGUUAUGA